AUGCCUGUACUUCCAAGUGAUCUGCCAACUAAUAAAUCCAUUAGUAAUACAAUUGAUAAUAAUUAUGAUCUACUUGAAAUGAAAUAUUUACGUCCAUCAGAUUUUAAUUUAAAAGAUACUAUAACCGAUGCUAAAAUAGCUAAUGAAUGGGCAGCAAAAAAACUUGUUUGGAUCCCUGAUGAACAAGAAGGUUUUAUCUAUGGUCAAAUACGUCAAGAAAAAAAUGAUGGUCAAUUAGUAAUUGAUUUAGACAGUGGUAAACGUAUUAAUAUACAAAAAGAUGAUACACAACGUGCUAAUCCUCCAAAAUUUAGUAAAGUUGAAGAUAUGUCUGAAUUAACUUUUUUAAAUGAUGCAUCAGUAUUAUUUAAUUUAAAAGAACGUUAUUAUUCAGGAUUAAUUUAUACAUAUUCUGGUUUAUUUUGUGUUGUUGUUAAUCCAUAUAAACAUUUACCAAUUUAUUCAAAAAAUAUUAUUGAAAUGUAUAAACGAAAAAAACGUGAACAAAUGCCACCACAUAUAUUUUCUAUUGCUGGUGGUGCAUAUCGUUCAAUGUUAGAAAAUCGUGAAGAUCAAUCAAUUUUAUGCACAGGUGAAUCUGGUGCUGGUAAAACUGAAAAUACAAAAAAAGUUAUUCAAUAUCUAGCUUAUACUGCUGCAGCACCUAAAAGUUCUCAACGACCAUUGGGAAGUAAUAUUAAUCAAUAUCAGCAACAAGGUACAAAAAUCACUGAUGUAUCUGGUGAACUUGAAGAACAACUUCUUCAAGCUAAUCCAAUUCUUGAAGCUUUUGGUAAUGCUAAAACAGUAAAAAAUGAUAAUUCAUCUCGAUUUGGUAAAUUUAUUCGUAUAAAUUUUGAUACAUCGGGUUUUAUUGCUGGUGCAUCAAUUGAAACAUAUUUAUUAGAAAAAUCUCGUACAAUACGUCAAGCUAAACAUGAACGAACAUUUCAUAUAUUUUAUCAAUUAUUACGUAGUGCUGAUACAAAAAUGAUUACUGAUUAUUUAUUAGAAGAUUUUAGUCGUUAUCGCUAUUUAACAAAUGGAAAUUUAACAAUAUCAGGUAUUAAUGAUGGUGAAGAAUUUCAAAAUAUAAAAAAAGCAAUGCAAAUUAUGAAUAUAUCAAAUGAUGAACUUAAUUCAAUAUUUCGUACAAUAUCAGCUGUUUUACAAAUGGGUAAUAUGCAGUUUAAACAAGAACGUGAUAAUGAUCAAGCAACAUUACCAGAUAAUACAGUAGCACAAAAAAUUUGUCAUCUAUUAGGAAUAUCGGUAACAGAUUUUGUACGAUCAUUUUUAAAACCAAAACUUAGUGUUGGAAGAGAUUUCGUUACAAAAGCACAAUCAAAAGUUCAAGCUGAUUUUGCUGUUGAAGCAAUAUCAAAAGCUAUCUAUGAACGUGUGUUCAAAUGGAUUGUUACACGUAUAAAUAAAUCACUUGAUCGAACUAAACGACAAAGUUCAUCAUUUAUUGGAAUUCUUGAUAUAGCUGGUUUUGAAAUUUUUCAAUCAAAUUCUUUUGAACAAUUAUGUAUUAAUUAUACAAAUGAAAAAUUACAACAAUUAUUUAAUCAUACAAUGUUUGUUCUUGAACAAGAAGAAUAUCGUCGAGAAAAUAUUGAUUGGGCAUUUAUUGAUUUUGGUCUUGAUCUUCAACCAACAAUUGAUCUUAUUGAAAAACAAAUGGGUAUUUUAAGUUUAUUAGAUGAUGAAUGUUGGUUUCCAAAAGCAACUGAUCGAACAUAUCUCGAGAAAUUAAUAAAUACACAUGCUCAACAUCCAAAAUUCGGAAAGCCAAAUUAUAAAACACCAUUUGAUUUUAGUAUAAUGCAUUAUGCUGGUAAAGUUGAUUAUUCAACUGAUCAAUGGUUAACGAAAAAUAUGGAUCCAUUAAAUGAUAAUGUUGUUGCUCUUUUACAAACAUCAAGUGAUCCAUUUACACGUGAAAUAUGGAAAGAUGCGGAAAUUGUUGGUCUAGCAGUAACAGAUCAAAAUGAUGUAAUAUCUAAUGUAAGAUCAAAUAUAAAAAAAGGAAUGUUUAGAACAGUUAGUCAACUUUAUAAAGAACAAUUAACAAAAUUAAUGAAUACAUUAAGAAAUACAAAGCCACAUUUUGUUCGUUGUAUUUUACCAAAUCACCACAAAAAGGCUGGUGUUAUUGAUUCACUACUUGUACUCGAUCAAUUAAGAUGUAAUGGUGUACUCGAAGGAAUUCGUAUUUGUAGAAAUGGUUUUCCAAAUCGAAUAUUAUUUCAAGAGUUUCGUCAACGGUAA